AUGGGUCACCGCGAAAUCACAGCAGUGCAUGUGCCAUUGCGCACAUCGAGUCGCAGACCGUCACGAUCCGACCCGAUGGAGGCUCAAGAAAGCCCCGGAGCCGCAGACCGCCAGACCUCCAAAGCCCAACGGUUCUUCGGAACCGAUAUCACCCUGCCACAAGAGCAUACUGGGUGGAAAGAGGCUCAGAAAACGCGUCAACCGAGCUAUAUCAAGCCUACCAGUGCUCCCCGCCAGAGCACCGCCUUUCACCCAUUUCCGACUUCCUCAGAUCACAUCCCAAAACCCGAUCACAACCUCCGAGUGCGGGCAUCGUCACCUCUCCUCGGUCAGGACUACUGGUCACAAGAUCCUGCACCGCCAUUGCCCAAGCCUAAGAAGGUCCACCACUCGGGUUCCUCCAACGCCCUUUUCUCAUACUUUAGCUCCAAGGAGUCCAAGGAAUCUAAACUUGCCGCCAAAAACCAAGCACUGCAACCAGAGGUCCGCAAUGGUCUGGGCAUUGAUCCCCAAGUGACAUUCACACAUGCGUCAGAGCCACCAAAAGAAUCCAAGCGCAAGAUGCGUCCUCCCAGAAUCGAUCUUUCUGUUUUGUUCCCAAAGCCACGCAACCCACCUCCACAAACGCUUUUGUCCCCGCAAAGAAUGGUGAACUCUCCAUCUUCUGUGUCUACGGCGGUGACAGACCAACCGACCGAAAAGACAGAGAGGCCUACCGCCGUGAGGAACUCAAAGCGAUAUGCGGACGGACCGUCGCGCCGAGAAACCCUUACCAAGGGCGACUUCCCUAAACAUGUGGACAACUCAGACUUACCUUCAAUUGCGGAGACUCGCAACAGCGAGUGGCUUGAUCAACCGCUCGAACGGACAGUGGGAACCAGCGAGAUUGAUGUCGCCCUGGACAGAUAUGCAGGUCGCCGGUCGUUGUUCAGCCGUUCCAGCGUAUACACUGCGAGCCGGGAACAGCUGCAGCCGGAACAGCCACGCCCCCAAGAGCCCCGCAAGAGCUCUAGGCGUCCCCGCACUCCUUCAUCUCAACCCAAAGAGACGUACCUCAGCCCUACCUCAUAUCCGGACUCGGUUCGUGCUCGGGGCAACAGUACUUCCCAAGAGUCUUACAAGACUACCAAGUCCAACACAAAGAGCGAAAAGAGCUCCACGACAAAGAAGAGCAAUAAAAGUACCCUGAAAAACAAGGAUCUGCAAAACACCAGUAUUCUCUGUCUCUCCUCUUCCGAGGACGAGGACGAGGACCGGACUCCGAGCACACAACCACCGCGCAAGGGAAGCAAACACAGAGACAGCGUGGGCACCUAUGACGAAUCGGAGCCCGAGAUCUACACAGCUGCUACAGCCAGAGCGACCACUGCCACUGCUGCUAAAAGAUUCAACCGGGCCCAUUCCACCAGCAGCAAUACCUCCCGCCAGACGACACAAAGUCAACCACCGCCUCUUCCAGUGGCCCGGCCACGCAAGGCCUCCCAGUCUUCGAAUGGCAAGUCGUCGACCACCACCCGACGGACCACACAGACUCGUCGUUCGAGUGGAGUACCGACCAUCGCCGAACCCGACAUUCUCUCUCAGUUUCCCCAACAGCCUCUGCGCUCCCCGGCAGAGCUGAAGGAGAUGAAUCGGCGAAGUCGCUACAUCGCAGUGACCCGCCAAGAGCAGGACCUUCUCGAGGCAAUGCGUAUCCGCAAGGGCAAGGUCACACCCAGUCUCUUCAACGCCAACGGAUCUGACAGACGCUCUGUCGUCUCGGGUCCAUCCCGCGAUUCAUUUUGCGGAUCGGAUACUUCCUUUCUGCGCUUGAGCAACGCCUACCCGCCCUUUGAUGCCCAAUCGCUCAAAAGCACAGCCGCAUACAAGGAUAGCAUGGCCUCGUCCGGGUCCGACUCUGAGCAAAAGGCCGAAGCUGCGCUAUCCUCCCCGGGUUUCAGCGCAGACUACUCUGAAAGCCUGCCUUCGCCCGCCACCAGCGCUGCCUCGCCGUUGACGCCUACCCUGCCGAUCCAUCGAUUUUCACCCCUCCCUUCUCCCAAGCCUCCCCCAAGAGGUCCGCCUCCCGCCAUCCCAGAAGAUCAAAAGCAACAUACCCGCCGCCGCACAGAUAGCAGCGAAGCUAUCAUGAUUGACGGCGGUGAGCCUAAGCGCAAUCUUCCCCUUUGGUCAUUCGAUUUUGACUGGAACCAGGAACGUAGCAACGUUGCCACGGUCCACUAA